UCCAUCGCAUCUUCUCUUCCUUCUAUUAUUCAACGCAUUAUAUAAUACUAUUUUAGGAUCUUAAAAAGUAACCUAGAAAUAUUAAGCCAACAAAACCAAAAAAUAAAAUAUAAUUUAUAAAUGCAAAAUGAAUGGUUUAAGAGAGAAAGGGGGCCUCGCUAAAGAUAUUGGCCAAAGCUCAGAGCUUUCUCUGAUUUGCAGAGAGUAUCCAAAGGACAGACAAUUGGGGAGAGAGAGACAGAGAGAGAGAGAGAAAACUGCGAAGAACAGAAACAGAGAGUUUGGAGUUACAGUUAAGAGAGAAAGAGAUAGAUAGAGAGAGAGAGAGAGGGAGAGAGAUUUUGAAAAUUCCAAGCAGGUCCUUUUUCUUCUUAUCCAAUCCAUUCGCUGGGUUUACAGAUUUUAAAGGUUCAACAUCGACCCGAUGUUCAUUUCUGAAAUACAUGAAUUUUCCUUUUUUUUAUUUUGGGUAUAAAUUAUCUGUGAAACUAUGGUUUUGAUUUGACUUUUGAAAGAAGAAAAGAAAAAGAUAACUGAGAGAUUGGUUUUUGAAGAAAACCCAUCUGGAUCGUUGGUCGAUUGGAUUUGGAAGGCUGAAAGUUCGACAGAUAGUUCUGAAAAAAGAUAAGAGGCUUUUGGAUAGGAUUUGGGUCUGAAUUUGGUGGCCUUCCAUUGAUUGUUUCACAGAGAAAUGUUGGAGGGUCGGUCCUGCUUGCUUUCGAGGGUGUUUCCGAGCUUUUGCCAGCCUGAAAGCGAGUGGCCUUAUAUGACUUACCGCCGUCUCGAAGAUAUUGCCAACGGAAAGCGUCCAUUGGGGUUCGACGGCAGCGAGGAUGACGAAGAGCAUCGGGAGAGGAAGUUGUGUAAGCUGUUGGAUUGUUGUGACAUGGUGGAGACUGAGAUGAAUCAGUCUUCGUGUGAGCAAUCGGACGAUCAGCAGCAUUCUGGCGUUCCUUCAGAUUCGGAUAACCUUAUACAUAGGAUUGGUAGGGAUAACUCGAUCAGCUGCCUAAUUCGCUGUUCUAGGUCUGAUUAUGGUCUCAUUGCCUCUUUGAACCAGAGCUUCCGCUCGUUAGUUAGGAGUGGGGAGCUCUAUAAACUGAGGAGGCAGAAUGAUGUCACUGAGCACUGGAUUUAUUUCUCUUGCGACCUACUUGAAUGGGAGGCCUUUGAUCCCAAUUGCGGCAGGUGGAUGCACUUGCCGAGGAUGGCUUCCAAUGAAUGUUUCAUGUGUUCCGAUAAGGAAUCUUGCGCUGUGGGAACUGAGCUUCUUGUAUUUGGUAAGGAGGUGACUUCCCAUGUAAUCUUUAGGUAUAGUAUUUUGACGAACUCGUGGUCUUCUGGAAUGAGGAUGAAUGCCCCAAGAUGCUUGUUUGGAUCUGCCAGCCUUAAGGAGAUUGCAAUUUUGGCAGGUGGUUGUGACUCGCAGGGAAAUAUACUCAGCUCCGCAGAGCUAUAUAAUUCUGAGACUCAGACUUGGGAGAUGCUCCCGAGCAUGAAUAAGCCCCGGAAGAUGUGUUCUGGGGUUUUUAUGGAUGAAAAGUUUUAUGUUAUUGGUGGGAUUGGGGGAAGUGAUCCAAGGGUUCUUACAUGCGGUGAAGAAUACGAUUUAAAGGCAAGAACAUGGACAGAAAUACCUAACAUGUCUCCUGGACGGAGUGGUGCAGCCAGAGAGAAUGAUGUGCCUGCAGGGGAGGCACCGCCUCUGGUUGCAGUGGUAAAUAAUGAAUUGUAUGCUGCUGACUAUGCUGACAUGGAGGUGAGGAAAUAUGACAAGGAGAGAAGAGUGUGGUUGACGGUGGGGAGAUUGCCUGAGCGGGCUGCCUCAAUGAAUGGUUGGGGUCUUGCAUUCAGGGCUUGUGGAGACCGGCUUAUUGUUAUUGGCGGGCCAAGGGCUCUAGGCGAAGGUUUCAUAGAGAUCAAUGCAUGGGCUCCAGGUGAAGGUCCUCCACAGUGGAACUUACUUGCCAGGAAGCAAUCGCGUAACUUUGUCUAUAAUUGCGCGGUGAUGGGGUGCUGAAGAUACGGAUGCUUUUUGAUUGUUGAAUCCCUUUCGGGCGGGGUGAGAAUGGGGAAGAAUUUCAAAUUUUACUCAAGAUUCAAUUGAAUGUUUCCUUCCUAGGUAUGACAUCUUGAGUAAACUUUUUCUUUUUCAAACUUUUAUUGAUUUUCCUCUCAUGGAAUUUGUCUUCCCCCAUUUUUAGUGACAUGAGAAAUUUUAAGGGUUGGUAUCAUGUAGGAUAGGAACAGGUUCAAUAAUUUCAAGUACCAACACAUUGGUAGGGUUGUCUCCAGUGCUUGCUCAAGCUUUCUAAAAUACACACAACUAGUCUUACGGGUUUUGCCUUCUUACUUGUACUUGUGUUGUCUUCGAAAGCGGAAAUAAAAAUUAUGACAGGUCCUUAUCUUU